UUCCUGGGCGGCUCCAAAUUGCUGUACACCCUCCGUCAAUUCCCUUAAAAUCAACUCCUUCCUGCUCUUUCGCUCUUUCGUGUGGUCCCCUCAUACAGCACCCUCCAUCCUACUUCUACGAUGCAAUUUGCGUUGUUACUUGCCUGUGUAGCGUUGGUUGCCGCGGGAGGUGCAAGGGGCUUGGUCGCUAUCGACAGAAGGCAGAGCCCUGUCGAUGUCCCCGCUGCCUGCACGUCCACCUGUCAAAACGUUGUGGACGAAGGGAACGCGGGUUGCCCGCAGUCUCAGUGUUGCACCAACACAUUUAUUACCGAAUACUAUAACUGCUUCAGUUGUAUAGGCUCAAAUGUGCCUUCCUUCGACUACGCUCCCGAGCAAACCGCUCUCAAUCAACUUUGGGCUGCUUGUGAAACAGCAGGUUAUUCGCUUUCGCCGCCACCAGCACUGCCAGGCCAAACAGCUCCCACCUCUGGCGUUGAUGCGGCCUCUUCAUCAGGUAAGACAACAGCUAAAGCGGCAAGUACAUCUUCUAAGAGUUUUCCUACUUUUUCUACUAUCACAGCGCCUGCAGCUGCAUCCACACCUACGUCUGCUACUACCACUGCUUCUGGCAAUGCCACAACCAGUGCUACCUCUGGAGCGCAGCCUACUUCAACAGGUGGCGCUACUAGGGAAGUUCAAGUGCAUGCCCGCGAGAUCUUAGGCUUGGCUCUGAUCUGGGCUGUCCAUCAAGUUUUGUGAUAGGCGUGCCCAGACAUGGAUUUGCAUCAGUUAUGACUGAUCACUUCGAGGAUAAAGAACUGUUACGAAAUUGUCUUGUGAUAACGAACAAGGUGUAUGUAGUCACUAGGACCUCUACCUCUACUCGAGUGCACAAUGUUGAACAUUGCCGAUUGUACUGAUCAUCCGAUUGUCGAUUGUAUAUAUCUUACGCGCUUAGAUCGAAUAGCUGUGAUAUCACCCGAUCAAUGUAUGAGUCCGUUCC